UCGGCAGGCGAGGGGAGCAUCGCGCCCCUAGUCCUGGAGGAGUUUCCAAGCCCUGAAGGCCCCUGGGGAAACCUGGACUGGUCAGGGUGUGGUCCCGUGUGGCGACCACUCACUCCCUGGGGAUUCGGCCAAGAGCACGGGCUGCUAGCACGUGUUGAAAAAGUCGGUGUACCAGCAACGAGGUUUCGGGGCAGACGGGAAUCGGGCAGUGCAGUUCCCGUCAGCGGGGCCGGUUCAGUGGGUACUGAGGAGCGGGCCACGCAAUCGUGAGCGCAACUCUCCGUCCCUGCCCGCGGGAGCCUCCGAGGCUGGGGUCCGAAGCCGGGCGCGCAGUGGCCGGAGGUUCCUGGAGGUGGGCAGCAGCUAGAAGCAGGGUGAAGCAGAAGGCAGACGACACCUGCAGAGCUGCAACCUGGCAUUACUGAAUAGUGACUGCUGAGGCAAGGGGGACCAGGUCCCUGAACUCUGUGGCUGAGGCUUGAAGGGAAUCAAAGGUGUUCUCAGUUGUGAAAGAGGAGAGUUUGGACAGCAGAACGAAAAAGGAAGAUAGCCCCUUGGAGCAGAUAUCUUUGACAUAGGAGGCCAAUUCAAACCCUUUGCAAAGGCCUUUGUCGGGUCUCUCCAUCUCCUCAGUCGCUGGAAGGUAGAUUGCCCCAGGAUGGAGCCUAGUCACCCUUGGGGGCCAGACCAGGCAUGGAUAAAGCUUAAAAGAGACAGCAUGGAAGAGAAGGUGUCUGACCAGCCAAAGCCAGUGGAAACUGUACAGAAGCUGCUCCCUCAGGUGGAUGAGGAGGGUCUGCCGAAAGCCUGGAAGGGAGAGUGCUGGUGGAAGGCAUGGGUGAAGAAGCCAGUCACCUUUGAGGAUGUGGCAGUGAACUUCACCCAGGAAGAGUGGAAAUGUCUAGAUGCCAGUCAGAGGGUCCUCUACCAGGAUGUUAUAUCAGAGACUGUCAGAAACCUGAUGUCUGUAGAUGGAAUCUUUCUGUCUAAUCUAGAUCUGAUCGCCAAGCUUGAGCAAGAAGAGAAACAGUGGGAAGCAGAUCUCUGUUCCCCGAAUGGAGAAGGCUUUCAUUCAGGAGGCAAGAAGGAGGAACGCCAAGAACAGAGUCAGAGUUUGGGAAAUGAGGGGACUGUUGAUGACAAGAAGGCCUCCCUUGCUCACAGAGGCUUGGGCCCAACCUCUCCUCCAGCUGGGUCCCCGGACAAGACGCCAGCGUUGCCAGAAUCCUGGGCUCGGCCAGCCUUUACCUGUCAUACUUGUGGCAAGUGCUUCAGCAAGCGCUCCAGCCUCUAUAACCACCAGCUUGUUCACAACAGCGCCCAGUGUGGGAAGUCCUUCCAGAACCCCAAGAACCUCAGCUCUGGCCGGCGCAAGCAACUCAGGGAGAGGCCCUACCGUUGCUCACUCUGUGGCAAGACCUACUGUGAUGCUUCUGGACUGAGCCGUCACCGCCGUGUCCAUCUGGGCUACCGGCCCCAUGCGUGCCCCUUCUGUGGGAAGUGCUUCAGGGACCAGUCUGAGCUCAAACGCCACCAGAAGACGCACCAAGGCCAGAAGCUGGGGGCUGGAAACCAGAAGCAUAUUGUGAGGACUCCAGAUACCAGAGCUGGAUUACAGGGCCUGGCAACAGGGAACCAUGCACCAGUGGCUGGGACCCAAGGACCCACACUUAAAACCAAGGGUCCCAAGACUCAGCCCCAGCUGUCAAUAGACAAGAACCAGGUACCUGCCACCAAGAAUGUGGUAAUCACUGUGAGAGCUCAGGCCCCAGUUAUUACAGCCCCAGAGCCUGUGACCAGGACCCCAGCCCCAGAGCCUGUGACCAGGACCCCAGCCCCAGAGCCUGUGACCAGGACCCCAGCCCCAGAGCCUGUGACCAGGACCCCAGCCCCAGAGCCUGUGACCAGGACCCUGGCAGCCAACAUGCGAGCCACUCGCCUGAACACCAAGUCCAACUCUCACCCAGAGAAGCCUUCAAGACUCAAGGUCUUCUCUUGCCCUCAUUGUCCCUUAACUUUUAGCAAGAAAACCCGUCUCUCCAGUCAUCAGAAGGUCCACUUCACAGAACAGUCCAACCGCUGCUUCCACUGUGGCAAGUCCUUCACUUUAUUCUCCGGGCUGAUCCGGCACCAGCAGACUCACUGGAAGCAGAGGGUCUACUGUUGCCCUAUAUGCGACGUCUGCUUUGGGGAGAAAGAGGACCUUUUGGGUCACUGGGGGGGCUACAGAAGCAAGGGGCUAUUCCUGGGCAGUCCCCACAAGUGCUGGGCCAUCCUGGGUCAGUGGCUUGGCUUCUUUCCCAAUGCCUCUGCUGUGGCAGGGAAGGAAAUAGAUCUUUCUCCUGGAUCCAGACCCUCAGGAAAGGGGAGGAAGGGAGAGGACAAGGCACACAGAAGAAAGAAAGCAGAUAAGGCAAUGAAGGUCUUGGAAGGGAAAUGAAUGGCCUGUCUGCCUGAGGUCUUUGUUUGGUUUUCCAGAGGAAUGACCUCCAGGGUAAGGAGACUGGGAUAAAGGAAGAGAGGUGAAGGGAUAGUAGAGGACAUACAGAAAGGAAAGGGGACAAAAAGUGGCACUUGGAAACUUGUAUUGUUAUUAAUUAGCACCUAGCUUGUUUCUUUGUGUCUGAUAGACCAUCAAGUAGUAAUUGUUCAAAAAGACAGUGGAUCUCCAUUAGGUAUGAAGAUGAGAGGGAAAGAAUGAGAGAAGGGAAAGUCUGAGGGGCCCAUCUGGACGGGGUGUGGAAGUAGAAGGGAGGUGUUUGAAAGCAGGCAUGUUGCUCCGUUCUCAUCCCUUGCUCCCCUGGCUCCUCAUUGAGCCACUCAAGCAAGAUGGAGCUCUGGCCAGCACUCCAUGGAUUUCUCCCCAGGUCCUCACUCUGCAGGUCACUUGGCUCUCUCUUGGAUAUUGUGGACUUUUCCUGCACCUUCUCUUCAACCCUUCACACCCCUCAGCUCUGCCUACCAGGGCUGAGAUUUUGGAAGAAAUGACCACCAUUUGCAAAGCUGAUGUGUUGUAAUUUGCAACGAGGAGGUUCCUAGUCUCCAUUUCAUGGCAGAGACCCACUUGUCUGUGUUACUCUGCAGCACAGGUGUCCUCUGACAGAGAGAAGAACACCUGCCUGGCUGUAGCCCUAGAGGACUUCAGGUGGAAGAUAGACCAAGGAGCAGAAUGAUGUGGGCAGUAAAAAGGGGGAGAGGAGGGAAGGAGCUGGGGAAAGGGACAGACAAGGUAAAACAGAAGAGAAGUCAAUCCUGUUUGGAAUUCAGAGCAUUCCUGGAAAUGCAGAUUGCAAUGUCCCUGCAGCGUGGAGGGAGGCCAGUGAAUGUGCAACUCAAUGGAUGUGACAUCCCCAAGGACUGAUCCUUGGACCAGCCAGGCUCUUCUUCAUCCCAGCCAAGAUGCGGUAUCCUUCAGAAGGGGUUUCCUAGAAGGAGGAGAAAAUAACUUGAAAAAGCUGUCAACAGUUCCUGUCAUGAAACUGUUAAACCAGAGAGAAGAAAGACCCUGAGGAGCCACCCAGCAUCAGAGGUGAGGCCCAGGGCAGCUGCUGUAGGGAAUGGAUGAAUGAAUGGGAAAGGAGGCAGUUGGAGUGGGAUUCCUGAUAGUGGGGCUCCUAGCUGGGACAGAUCAGGCAGCAGAUUAGAUGGCCUUCAGCUCCCAUCCCCCAGGAGGAGACAUCCCUCCACCCAGGCUCGCCAGCCCCUUCCUUUCCUCUUGGAUUUUGAUCCCUCAGUAGCCCCCUCUUCCCCUUGCUGCUGCUGCUCUCUGUCUUUUGCUUUCAGCUUUUAAGAAAGUGAAGAAAACUUACUUAGCUCCUCAAGAAAUUGCCCUGAAAACAAAGAGAAAUAGGUGAUGAGUGGAAGAUGAUUGGCUCCUCCCACAUCCUCCCUGUGGACUUUGUAGUCACGCCCCUCCCCCCUUCCACUAAGAGACCCCUCAGGUCUCAAUAAGUGGUUCGCUUCUUGGAUUCUCUGAGGAGUCUGGGGUUGGCCACGGGGACAGAGCAGGAAGGACAUUCCGGCUCUGAAUCUUGAACCCUGCUCCCAUCCACCCUCUUUAAGUUUCCCAUUCAGGGCUGCUUGAUCCCUCCAGCUCAGUGGUCCCGACUGCUGCCCCAACACUGUACCUGCUAGUCUGCGGUGUAGCCAGUUAUAGCAGAUGAUCAAGGCCACCAGGGGUCCGAGAACCGGCACGAUGACAAAUAAGGUUAUCUUCCAGCAGGGCACCAUCAGGAAGUGGGGAUCUGAAUUAUUUGCCACAAAACAAACAGGAUGAACGUGUUCCCCUCUUGUGUCCCAUCCACCCCCUCCAUUUAUUAUUGCGUUUCUUUGGGAUUGGGGUUCUUAACCUGGAUGCCAAAACAGUUUGGAUAGAAUCCAGGGAGUUCAUGAAUUUGCAUGAGAAAAGCACUACAUUUUUAUUUUCAUUAACUUCAAACUGAAUUUAGCUUUUUCUUCUUGAAAAAGGACCAUAACAAAUCAGUUAUCAGUGGUACUUCUGACUUUAUCACCAAUGGAAACAGCAUUCCCAUCAGAGUUGUUUCUGAAGUCUCAAAAUACUGUUUAUCAAUAUUUUGAAAUACCAGAUUGUUAGACUUGCCACUACAUUUUAUUAUUUAAUCUAUAGUUUUGUUAUUUAAAGAAACAUUGGUUACUUUAAUCACAAAUUUGUUUAUAUUUCGAUAACUUUCAAAACAAUGGUUUUCUUUGUAAUCAUAUGUGUUGUAUUUUAUGUGUACAUUUCAAAACAUUCUGGGAAGGGAGAAGUUUGUGAGGCUUCACCAGACUGUUGAAGAGUACAGAGUUAAGACCUUUGUUAUUUGAAUCCUGUAAAACAAAGAUCUUGGUCCUCCCCUUUGAGUUGGAGACUGUGUGUGUUUUUCUACACAAUGAUUAAAUGCCAAGGUGGAGCCAGGGGUACCUCCAGCCUUCAGAAGCAAAGGCUGCUGGGGAAGGCUGCCUGUGUUCUUGGCUGGAGAAUCCCAGGGACAGGGGAGCCUGCUGGGCUGCCGUCUCUGGGGUUGCACAGAGUCGGACACAACUGAAGCUACUUAGCAGCAGCAGCUCAGGGCAGGGACCAUAUUAAAAUUUCUGCAACAUCCACUCAACAAAUGUUUGGGUGCCCUUCUGUUGUAGGCAUUGUCCUUAGGCGCUAGAUGAUCUGCAGUGAACAAAAAGGACAGAAACCAUAUCCUUGGGCCAACCUUUUUUUUUUUCUUUGCUGUGUGGCAUGCAGGAUCUUAGUUCUCCCAACAGGGAUCAAACCCGUACCCCCUACAAUGGAAGUGCAGAGUCUUCUGCAGUGGACUGCCAGUGAAGUCCAGGCCAACAUUCUAGGGGGAGGUGUCUUUACUUCCCCCAUUAAGUCUUCCCCGAGGAGUCAGUUACUUAUUCUCUACUCAUGAAAACUCAUUUUUCCUCAUGAUUUGUCAAUGAUGUAUAUGUACUUUCAUUCACUAAUUAAUUUAUGUGUAUGUAUCACUUCCUCAACUAGAAAUCAAAUUGAUGUGCAGAGGCUCUGUUUACCUCUCUCCUUUGUAAUUCCUGAAAAAAUAAAAUCAUGUACAUAAAGUA